GCCACAAGUACUUAGAUCGACACCUUUUAAUUCAAUCAAUCUGAAAAUUCAACCAAUACACAAAUGGAGGCUUUGGUUUCUCUGAGAGCAACGGUUCCUUCUCUAACUCACAGACCCAACAAAUUAUCCGUGAGAAAGUCCAUUUCAAUGGACUUGCCUACAAGAAAUUCGGUUUCUGUUACUUCUUCUUCCUUCUCCAUUAGAGCUCAGCAGAUAGAGUCCAAGGAUGGUUCUGCUACAGUUGCACCAGUACCUGUACCUGAAGAAGCUCUUAAAGUCAAGGAGUGGGAAGUGGGGAUGUUCCACAAUGAAGUAGCUGCUAGUCAGGGUAUAAGGAUUAGGAGGAGGCCACCAACUGGACCCCCUUUGCACUAUGUGGGACCUUUCGAGUUUCGGUUGCAGAAUGAGGGCAAUACUCCUCGCAACAUUUUGGAAGAAAUCAUUUGGCACAAGGACACGGAAGUCGCAAGAUUAAGAGAGAGAAGGCCUCUCUUAGCACUGAAGAAAGAACUUGAGAAUGCUCCUCCUCCUAGAGACUUUAUUGGAGCUCUUAGGGAAGCAAAUCUACGAACUGGACUGCCUGGAUUGAUUGCUGAAGUGAAAAAGGCUUCUCCAAGCAGAGGAAUUCUAAGAGAGGACUUUAAUCCAGUUGAAAUUGCCCAAUCUUAUGAGCGAGGUGGAGCAGCAUGUCUGAGUGUUUUGACAGAUGAAAAGUUUUUUAAGGGAAGCUUUGAAAAUCUGGAGUUGAUAAGGAAUGCUGGAGUAAAGUGCCCUCUAUUGUGCAAAGAAUUUGUUGUAGAUGCAUGGCAGAUCUACAAUGCUCGAGCAAAAGGCGCAGAUGCCAUCCUUUUAAUUGCUGCUGUUUUGCCAGAUCUUGAUAUCAAAUACAUGACUAAGAUUUGCAAGAUACUUGGUUUGGCAACACUUGUUGAGGUGCACAAUGAGAGAGAAAUUGAUCGUGUUCUUGAAAUUGAAGGAAUUGAGCUUAUUGGCAUCAACAACCGGAAUCUCGAAACUUUUGAGGUUGAUAUAAGUAUUACAAAGAGGCUUAUUGAAGGAGAGCGUGGUCAAAGGAUCCGUGACAAAGGCAUAAUGGUAGUUGGGGAAUCUGGAUUGUUUACUCCGGAUGAUAUCGCUUUUGUACAAGAAGCUGGUGUUAGAGCAGUUUUGGUUGGAGAGUCAAUCGUUAAACAAAGUGACCCUGGGAAGGGAAUAGCUGGACUUUUUGGCAAAGAUAUUUCUUUGAGUCCAAAUUAGAAUGUUUUAUACACCCCUUUUUUGUGAGUGGCAGAUUCAUUUGCGACCAUAAGUUUGUGUCUCUGCCUGCCCCACAUGGCUGUAUCCCCAUGCAGUUUCCAAAAGUGUAGUAGAAUAACGAGUAUCUCUAAAGAAUGCCAGUGACAUUUGUGAUACUAAAGUUGAUUAUGCAUAAAGCAAGAAUGUGUGGUCUAGGUGUCCUAUAAAUUUUGCUUGAAGUUGCGUUUGUGUAAUGGAAAAGCUAAAAUGUAACUAAAAUUAGUGAACAUGAAAACGCUAAGUGUGUUUUGUUUGUUUAA